UCUGUUAUUGUUAUAGUCUUUUGUCAUCUUCUAUAUACUAUACCUAGUGCGCAUACUAAAAGAAACAUUACAUACAAUAAGAACGAACUUCAUUCUUUUUCUUUAUUCUAUAUUUUUUGUUUAGUUCAGUUUAAACUUUAUUCAUUUAAGAAAGAGAAAUAAGAAUUCUACACAGAUGCGGUCUAGGCCAUUAUAUUAGAGGAAAAUGACAUAUUAAACUGAUAUAAGCGAUUAUGGAUAAAACGUUUCUCUCCUUCAUCUUAAAGUGUCUAGUAGAUAUACAAAAAAAACUGUUAGUUAGUUUCUUUUCGUUAAGGGAUCAUUCUGACCUUCAGUGUGAUCAGUAUUUAUCUUCGUUUCCUCUCUAUUUUCAUUCUCCACGCAAAAACGUCUUNGGGAAUGCAGGUAAAAUCUUCUCCCCUGCAGGGAGUGCAGGCAGGAAAACAUUCUUCUUUAUCUGCCGGCCGUUAGUGGAAAUUUUUUUUAUUCACCUGCAAACUACAACCUGCCUGCACUGCCUGCAGUUUGCAGGCAGUUUACCAUGCAGGUGAUCAGCUCUGGUCAGCACUAUCUACCGGAUCGAUUGUGGAUUUUUGAUUACUACGUAAACUAUAUCUAUCAUGAGGCUAAUGGCAUUGUAAAUGAACAGUAAGAUAUUGAGGAGUAAAAUCUUUUACCAUUUUUGCAAAAAAUAACAAACGAAAUAUUCUAAACUGAUCUUUUAUUGUGAUCCAACCUAAACUAUCAAAUAAUUUGUCCUUCGCUGAUCACUUCAUUGGUCCUAAGGUGGCUAAAGCAGCAUAAUAAUACUGCAUACUCUCCAGUUUAUUCAAAUUGCUCGAUGUAGUCAAUGACUAAAUGACAGCACCGUAGUUCAAAAUUGAUAUUACACAAGAUUUAAAAAUAAUUUCAAGUGCAUUUUUAGUCAAUAAAUGCUUAUGAAGUUUCAUUAAUCCUAAAAUAGAUGAUACCUUAGAAUGGACCUUUCCACGAUGUAUCACUCGUAAAAAACAUACCUAAGUAUUUAACUACAUCUUUUUGCGUAAUCGGAGCUCCGUAUAACAUCAAGGAUGGUAAGGUUGAUGCUUUCGUACUAUAAUAACGCGAACUAAAAGUUAGACGUAGUCGACUUUUUUACUUCAUUAGAACCGUUGAAAAGCCAGUUUUAUUUAGAUUUUGCUUCGUUGAGUAGGAAAGGUCAUUUCUUCUAAAAACGAUCCUCCCUUGUGUCAUCGUAAAAGCGAGUUGCAACUUCGGGCGAUUCACCAUUCAGUUUUAUGUCUGAAAUCCGAAAAAAAUAGUUUUCGUUAAUUAAUUUUUAUCGUUCUUUCCUUCGUGUAUUUCCAUUGCAGUUUCUCAUACAACAUUACAAAAUCAACAAACAUAUUCUACUGGAAAUGGUUCAGGUCCUCUACCGGUCAUUACAACUGAUUUUAAUGCGGAUAAUAUACUUGAUAUGACUGUCACAAAUUAUAAUACUAAUAAUAUUGGCAAUGGAACAUUUCGAAGUCCAACGUUAUAUCCAACUAAUGGUACUAAUCCACACUGGAUUACACUAGCUGAUUUUAACAACGAUAAUAGAAACGAUUUAGCUGUUACCAGCGAGGACAAUAACAGUAUUAACAUAUUUAUUAAUAAUGGCAACGAAACGUUUCAGCUUGAGCAGACAUAUGAUUCGGGCGGAUGGUUACCGAGCUCGAUUACAGCAGCUGAUUUUAAUAAUGACAGUAUAACGGAUUUGGCUACUACAAUCCUGGUUCUGAUACUAUGGGUGUUUUACUUGGCAUCGGCAAUGGCACAUUUCAAUCUCCAAUAA